GCGAAACGAACCUGGCUGAGCUUAUUUUUUUUCCCUCCUCUUUUAUUUUGAGAGCGCAAUAUAGAGCGAGCUGCAGAGAUUUACUUCGAUUUUUCAUGGCGUUUGAGAGUUUCGGUGCGAACCCUGGCCCCCUUGGUCCAUCCCGAGCUAACCCUUUUAGCCACUCAUCUCAUGAAAACCAGAGGGAUGAUCCUAUUUAUGCUCCAAAGAGGUCUCGGUCGCCUCCUCUACCUCAUGAAACUGAUAAAUGCUUUAGUAAUCAUCAGUUGCCUUCUGAAGAAGUUGUGAGUCCUGCUCCAUCAAAUGGAAAUCAGCUGAAGCCUUCAUUAAUCGAUACCAGUCCACAAGCUCAACGCAAAUCAACAUCUCCUUGUGGGCAUCACAAUGAUGCAUGGUAUAGUGGAACCAAGUCUCCACCUUUGGCUGCUGGAUUUCAAGCUUCCAAAAGGACCAGAUCACCUUCUAAUCCUCAUGAGGAUGGUUACUUCAUGCCCAAUUCUCGUUCUACUAGCAAUGAGAUGGAAAGGGAACUGCAAGCAAAAGCUAGGCGGCUUGAUCGUUUUAAAGACGAACUAAAAGAGAACAUAGAAUAUAGUCCUGAUUUUUCAACCCCUAGAACUAUAGGAAAUAAAGCUCUAUCAAAUUCAAGAGAGAAAUCUAGGCCAAUUACAGGGACUAUUUCCCCCUUAUCUGAUCCGGGGGGCAUGGAAACUACUUUUGAUGGAGAAGUUGAACCAUCCUGUGUUGUAGCUGGGCUUUGUCCUGAUAUGUGUCCAGAACCCGAAAGGGAAGAGCGUGGGCGCAAAGGUGAUCUUGACAAGUAUGAACGUCUCAACGAAGAUAGAAACCAAACAUCCAAAUUUUUGGCUGUGAAAAAGUAUACUAGGACAGCCGACAGAGAAGCUCACUUGAUACGACCCAUGCCAGUCUUGCAGAAGACUGUAAAUUAUCUUCUAAAUUUGCUCAAUCAGCCUUAUGAUGACCAGUUGUUGGGCCUGUAUAACUUCUUGUGGGAUAGGAUGAGAGCAAUCCGAAUGGACCUAAGGAUGCAACACAUCUUCAACCGAGAUGCAAUCUUAAUGCAGGAACAAAUGAUAAGGUUUCAUAUUAUAGCCAUGCACGAGCUGUGUGAGUAUACAAAGGGAGAGGGAUUCUCUGAGGGCUUUGAUGCACAUCUCAAUAUUGAACAAAUGAACAAGACAUCGGUGGAGCUGUUUCAAAUGUAUGACGACCAUAGAAAGAAAGGAAAUAGUGUGCCUACUGAGAAGGAGUUCAGGGGCUAUUAUGCUCUUCUUAAGCUAGACAAGCACCCAGGCUACAAGGUGGAGCCUGCAGAACUCUCCCUUGAUCUAGCAAAGAUGACUCCUGAAAUAAGAAAUUCGUCUGAAGUCUUGUUUGCUCGUGCUGUUGCAAGAGCUUGCCGGACGGGUAACUUUAUCGCCUUCUUCCGACUUGCUAGAAAGGCAACUUACUUGCAAGCAUGCUUGAUGCAUGCUCACUUUGCCAAGUUACGAAGCCAGGCUCUUGCUUCCUUACACAGUGGGCUGCAGAGCAAUCAAGGAAUCCCUGUCGCUCAGGUUGUGAAAUGGCUAGGCAUGGAGGGGGAAGAUAUUGAAAGCCUUUUGCAGUAUCAUGGGUUUUUAAUUAAACACUUUGAAGAUUCCUACAUGGUGAAGGAAGGCCCCUUUCUUAAUGCUGACAGGGAUUACGUGACCAAGUGCUCACGGCUUGUUCACCUUAAAAAGUCAGCCAAAGUUGUUGAUGAUGUUGUUUCCGAUCAGCAGGUGACACACAUGCAAGUUGAGAAAAGGACAGGCGAUGUCAUGGAGAAGCCUGACAAGAAAAUUGGACAUUUGAUAAAAUCUAAGUGGGUUGAUUCAGCGGAUGAAGGAAUGCAUGAUAGUGAUGCUGGCAUUUUUCACAAAUACAAUCAGCAUUCCUCGAUGUUUAAAGCACCAUUACUGGUUAAUAGUUCACCAGUGCCAAUCAAUAGUGAAUUCAUAGCCGAUACAUAUAUGGUGGAGUCACCCCAAUUUGCCUCAGAUCAAGAUGGGUCCCAGCUUGUGGCCAUGGAAAUUACAAAAGAGUGCCAAUUAACUGAAGAUGAUAACUUAAUGGAUCAGUCAAUGGGACAUAAGUAUCUCCCUGAAGUAGAUGAGGCUCCAGAGUUUGGCACUUCAAAGGUCAUGGAAAUCAAGAAUACCAAUGAAGAACCAGCUAGGUCAAUGGCAUUGAUGGAGCAUGUUGACAAUGAGGUUGAAAUGGUUAAUCAGAAAGCUGAAGCUGACAAUGCAAGACUAAAACUUAUCAUAAGAAUAUGGAAACAGUGUUCUAAAAAGCGUAGAGAGGCCCGAGAGCAGCAUCAGUUGAUGUCAAAUGCUGCACUGAGUUCCCUGUCAUUGGGACCACCAAUUCGACCAAAUAAAGCGGAAACAAAACCUGUGGAUGAACUUAACAUCGACUACGUCACGAAAGAGAGAUACUACAGACAUGAGAAGUCAUGGUCGAGGCUAAACGUUUCCGAAGUGGUUGUACCAGUACUUAAGGAGAGAAACCCAGAUGCUAAAUGCCUUUGUUGGAAACUGAUAUUGUGCUCUCAGGGGGAAAUUCCAAAUGGGCAGGGCUUGGGACACCGUAAGAAUGCCAGUUGGAUGGUUGGGUCAUGGUUGCAUGCCAAGCUUCUGGGUCAUGGAAAUGAAGAUGAAAAAAAUGAUUUACUUGUUUCUUCUCCUGGUUUGUCAAUUUGGAGGAAAUGGGUGGUGAACCCAAUAGAUCGCAAUCAUAUUUGUUGCCUAUCUGUUGUGAAGGAAGUGAGUUUCGACAAUACUGGUCCAGCUAAAUUUAGCGAAGCAGUUGCGGGUGGAAGUGGGAUUUUGUUCUUAUUAUCUGACUGCAACCGAUGCGACCUUGAAAGAGCGAGACUUCAUAAGCUCGUUAUGUCAUUGCCCUCUGGUUCUCGUCUCCCCCUACUCAUCGCAGCCAGCACCAUGGGUGAAUAUGAGGUUCUUGAUCCUUAUGCCAUGAUCACAAACAGAUUGGAGCUUGGUAAUUUGGAUCAGACUAGGAUAAAUAGCUUCUCAAUUAUUUUCCUCGAUAAAGCUCAGGGGAUUGAUGGGUUUUUCAGUGAUGCCAAUCUUAGAGAGGGACUUCAGUGGCUCGCUAACUUGUCUCCUCAACAACCAAUCCUUCGACGGUUGAAAACCCACGACCUGGUUUUGAGUUACUUGAGUUCUUCCAUGGAGAUUCUCAAGAAAACUAACUUUUAUGAAGUUAGUCCAGACCAGUGCAUCAAUGCCUUCAAUGAUGCUUUGGAAAAAUCAGUAGAUGAAAUAAUUGUGGCUUCACAGUGUAGUACCACUGGUUGGCCAUGUCCUGAAGUUGAUUUGCUUCAGGAAUGUAGCAGGGAAGGUAGAAUCGUAAGCUUGUAUCUACCAAGAAUAGGCUGGAAUUCUGCUGAGAAAAUUGAACCUAUCUUAGUUAACCUUAAGGCCUGCAAGCUUCCAUUUUUUAGCACGCGGCAAAUCUGGUAUAAUGAGUUUUUCAAGGGCAAUUUUGCUGAAAUUGAGGAAAAGAAAUCAGUUCUCGAGAAAUGCUUGAAGUGGUAUCUUAACCAUGGAAGCGGGAUUAUGGGGGAGGAAAUGGCAGAAAGAGAGGCUGGGUUGAUGGUGCAGAGAUGUGCUUAUCUAGUGAGAGAAAGACUAACAUAUCAGAUAGUUCCCAGAUGGCCAGUAAUUUUUCGCCGAAUUUUCAAUUGGAGGCUAUUGAAUCUGACCAAUGGAAGGUCAUCAGCCAUUUAUAUUUUGGAGCAUCGGUUUAGGCCCAUUUUGGAAGGAGAUAUGUCAAUAGACUGGGCUCCUACUGAAUUAUCUUUUGAUGAAAUGUUAGAAGCAGGAUGUGGGAUUUUGGGAUUUUUGGAAACUACUAACCAAGGGAAUGGACUUAUUGAGCCUGCUAGAGGAGGAGAAGGUGAUUGGUUAAGAUUUCAAGGCCACUUGUUGCAGAGUAGUGAGGAAUUUAGAAAUAAUGAGAUGUCACUAAGAAGUGAGAACCUUAGAAGUGAAGAGAUAUUGACAGAAGACGGUAUUCUAACGAGUGAUGUGUUUGAUGAAAAUGCCAGUGAGAAUGAGAAAAGGAGGAUAGUCGGAUGGGAAGAGGAUGAUAAGCUUAACAGAUUGCUAGAACAGUGUGACAUCGUGCAAAGCAAGAUAGAUGAGAAGCUUGCCAUAUUCUUCUGAGAAUGGCUCUCUCUCUCUCUCUAGAAAUUUAUGUUUUGCAUUAACCCAAAAAAAAAAGAGAUUAAAUGUUGUGCCGGGGAUGAUAGUCAAGGACCUAGCCUUCUACUUCAGAGAUGGCAUUGUGACCCAAGCGAAGUGAAGUUUUGUAGCCUUCUACUUCAGAGAUGGCAAUAUUGUGACCCAAGAGAAGUGAAGUUUUGUACCUUGUUUGAGAUCUGUUGUAUCAUAAUGAAGCAUAACCUUUUACCCAGA